AACAGUUUGUGUUUAACGUUGAGCAUGAACGGAUGUGUUUUCUGUCGCUGAAACACUUUUCUAAACAUUUCUUUUUUAAAUUUCGAAUACACCAGUGCUAUUCUAAACAAAAUCAACCGUCAUUUCCAUUUGAUUAAAAAAAAAAACAUGAACAUUUAAACAAUUCACUAAGAAAUUAACGUGAUCAAUAAAAUAAAAAUUAAAAUUAAAAAAAAAAGUUUUCCUGAAAAAAUAGAAUAUUUCAUCACUAUUUGUGACUUUGUUUACAGUGGCCAAUAUUGAAAAGUACAUCCAAAUUGGUUAACAUCAAAGCUUGAAUUUUUUACAAUUAUAUUUGAGAAUUACGUAUCGAUGAAUAAAUAUAUCGAUAAAUUGUGAGAUAAAAUUAAGAAGAUGAUGAAUAAAAAUUCAGACAAAUAAAUGUAAGUGCGAUCAACAGCGAAUGCAAGAAAAAAAAACAAUAACCAGAACGAACAAAAAAUAUUCUUAAUAUCAUUUUAUCAACCGAUUACGCAAUAUUUCGGAGAAAUAAUAAAAAGCGGGACUUUUGCUAUUGUCUGCGUUUGAAAUAAAUUAAAUAAAAAGUAGUACGAGUGCGCGAUCAAAACAUAUUAAAGAAACGAAACGAACUAAGCACAUUGCAAAAAUUCAUUCGGGAGUAUAUGCCAAACAAGAAACAAGGAGUUAAUGAAAACAACCGAUUUCGGCAACAAAACGAUGAUGACAUACGAAUUUCAAGUGUAAACAAUACGAACACAUUGAUGAAUGAAUCGAUCAAACGAAGAAAGUAGCGAAACGCAUUUACCUACCCCAUUCAGCUGCGAUCGUUCGAAACGCAAUUCAGUUAUCAUUCGAAAAAAGAUUUUACACAAAUGGACUGUCAAUUUUAAUUUGACCAUAUUCAACGAUCUUAGAAAUUGCGUUUGAAAGCAGAGCAACACAAUCAAAAAAGAGACAUUACAACAUCAAGAAGAGAGAAUAUAAAAACAGUUGACGAACAAUCAAAGUGCGGAAUUUCGUUAGUGAUUUCUAGUUCGGCGUUCUGUUUACAGUUUAUAAGAUUUAAUCUUGCUAUGACAAUUCCGUUUUUUUUUUAAAUCGAAUAUAAUUUUUGUUGACCUUAAGCUCGAGAUAAAUUGCCCAAAACAAAACUAGCGGUGCACAUGCUAACGAUAGCCGAUAAGUGAAAGUCAAUUGUUUAAGUGGUGCAUAAAACGAUUUGCACAAAAAAACGGUGUGCCCAACAAGCAACGAAGUAAAAAAAGAGAGAGACUGAAACAAAUAAAAUUCAUCCACGCCGGAAUACAAACAUCGUGAAUCAGUUCAUGAAACAUUGACAGCCGUGCUUUUUUUUACUUUUGACUGUAUGUGUGAUAUAGAAGUGCGACGCACACGUAAAAUUUCAUGAAUCAUUCUUGUUGUUGCCUAUUACUCUUCCCGUUCGGUCUGUUCCUAUUUCAUCAUCACACGUUCUAGAACGAAAGCGCAGCAGGCAGAUAAACCGCAUUUUCGGACUUUACACAACCGAAAUUUUCCAGUUAUUAAUUUUUUAUGUGUGCUUAAUUUGUAUAUAACAAGGACAUAAUACUAUUCUUCCUUCAUAUAUGAACAUUGAACAAUUUUUAAAUGCGUAGACAAAGGAUAUUUACACAUAAAGUGACAAAUAAUUGCGUGAACAAUUUUAUAGAAGAAAGAAACGAAUUUGAAACGGACAAGGAUUCGAUUGUGUUAUGAACAUCAUUUUUAUUGGAUUGUUUUGUUAGUGAUCAUCAUUUUUUUUUGGUCGGAUCGCUAUAUGUGUUAUGAUUUUAUUGUUUUGGUGAAUAAAAGACACAUCGAAGAAAGAGAGCACUGCAUUACCCUUGCAUCCGAAUACAUCAAGCAUCGCAUUCUCUCAAUCAAGAGAAACAUUUUGAAUUUUGAAGACGACGACGAAAAAAAGGAGAACGAUUCUCAACCGCUACAAUAACAACAACACAUACACGGCACAUAAUUUGUGUCACUGUGUAUUGAAAGAGGCGUUCAUAUGAAACAGAAGCAAUGUUCCAUUGUUACUAAACGUACAUGUACAUGAUAGUGAGAUUUACGUGAAAAGUGAAUCUCCCAUUGAAUAUAUAAAUAUACACAUAUACAGAAAGAGAGUGAGAUCCAGCUAAGAAGUCGAAUAUACAUUUAUUUAAAAUGCCUAUCAACGGUCACGGCCAAAACAUGUUGGGCAGCGGAACAAAUGGCUUGCUCAACGUAUGCGUUAACAAUGCCACAAGCGGCAAUAAUACUGCCAAGACAAAUAAUAAUAGUAAUAAGAAUGGUCAUCGAUCAUCACAUCAAACACAUCCACAUUUGAGCAAUGUGUCAACAUCAUCAUCACCAACAAGUUUUAUGCAUGAAAGCCAUUCAAAUGGUCCAAUGCUCAUGAGUGGCCCAAUGAGUCCAAGUAGUCAAGAUGAAUUUUCUAGCAGCUAUGAUUUAAAUUCCCAUCUUAAACGAAAGGAAUUAUUCACACAGCGAAAACAACGUGAAUUCAUACCGGAUAAUAAAAAAGACGACAGCUAUUGGGAUCGACGACGUCGCAAUAACGAAGCAGCAAAACGAUCUCGAGAAAAACGACGUUAUAAUGAUAUGGUGUUGGAGCAACGUGUUGUCGAACUAACGAAAGAGAAUCAUGUGCUUAAAGCACAAUUGGAUGCAAUCAAGGAUAAAUAUAAUAUUUGCGGUGAGAAUUUGGUGAGCGUUGAACAAAUUAUGGCCACACUUCCAACAACUGAACAAGUUUUAAGCAUUACAAAACGACCAAAAUUCAAUACCAACAAUGGAUCACCAAGCGAUUUAUAUCCACAGUCACCAAGUUCACCAAUUCAAACAUCAGUGAUUCAGCAAUCAUCAUCAGGUCCAGCUUCAGUGGACUCAUCAUCGCCACCAGCACCUUCUUCAGUUGCACCAACAAACGCACCAACAAUUGUUGCUCCAAUCAUAGCACAGCCACCUCAAAUUCAAACGUCCGCUGUUGUCGCAGCUGCUGCUUUUGCGCAUUUAAAUAGUAGCUAUAUGGAUACAACACCACAACGAAAUACUUAUAAAUACCGUGAUAGCGCACCCAUUGAAAUCGAUGGUAGACUUGAAAUUUAUGGUCCUCCUCGGCCGAAUUUCCACAAUGCUGAACACUCAAACUCGAAUAGUAAUAUGAAUGGCUGCAAUGGCAACACUACUGUAAAUGCACGAUACAAUCAACACCUUUCUCCCAUUUCUCGAUCCAAUGCACAAACCGAACAUAAUCGGCAUACAAUGACUUCACAUCAACACCUUCAUCCAUUGCAACAUUUCGAAACAAAUAAUGAUGUGAACAAAAUCAGUCAAUCGAAUUCGAAUUGCACUGGAAGUGAUACAGACAUAACUGCUGUUGAUGACGAUUCAAAUGUGUUGAAUUUGUCACGGCGCCGCAACAGUGAUACAACCAAUUGUAAUAAUAGUAAUAACGGUAAUCAUAAAGCUAAAAAUGGCAGUGUCACUCCACCACGAAGUAUUUAUACAUCGCUCGGUAGUUCAACUUCAACCGAAGACGAUCAAUAUAGUGUUGAAAAUCAACCGAUAAGUGACACAAAUAAUAGUUUACCGUUAAAACUACGACACAAAUCGCAUUUGGGCGAUAAAGAUGCGGCCAGCGCACUAUUGGCAUUGCAAAAUAUAAAACAAGAGCCAAAUUCUCGGCUAUCACCACCAUGGGAUGGUGAAGGAUCGAGUGAUGAACGUGAUUCUGGUAUAUCAAUUGGAACGGCCGAAUGGGGCAUUCAACGUAGCUAUCCACUGAAUGAUCGCACCGAACCAAAUCAAUUACCAUUGAAUAUUCGUUCAAUGACAAAAACUUUUACGAUACCAUCAUCGAUAAAUGGUAUUGGUGCGGCAAUUGGAAAUUUGGCGGCUAAUUUAAGUAGCGUUGGUGUUAUGGGCGGUUUAACAAUGGGCAGUGUUUUAGGUGUAAAUGAAAAUAGCUCGGAUCGUGAUGAACGAAAUCAUCGUUUUGGUGAGCAAAAGACAUUCCGGGCACCGGUCAUGUGUCAUCUUGAAAUAAACAGUAACACCGACGAAGGCAAUGUCAAAGAAGAGAAUGUCCAUUUGAAAACGCAAAUUGCACGACUUGAAUCCGAAGUCGCAUCGAUCAAAAAUAUGAUGAUCUUAAACACAAACUCUGCAUCGGCCACAGCGGUUCAGUAAACAUUAUCAGUUGUUUUAUUAUUAUUAAAAUACUAUCUAUUCUUUUGCUAUCAAAAAAAUGACGAACAACCAAUUGCUGUUAACCGGAUUAUUAAAUUUAGAUUUAUAUUGAAGCAUAGAUUUGUAAUUGAAAUUGUAAAAUUAAGAUGAUGAACAAAACUUAUGAUUAAAAAAAAAACUAUUUUGUUUUGCAAUUGAAUAUAAACAACCUAUCCAAAUCUGAUCUUUUAGCAACACAACAUUGAUGAAUUUCAAGCGUUCAGAAAGACAUACAUUUAUGCGAACAAUUGAAUGAUGCUUGCAUCAUUUGAUGCGCAUCGAUUGUGCUGUCGCCAUACAUUCGGAUCUUCGGCAGCGCACGAAGUGCUCCGAACGCACAACGAAAGCACUAGCGAUGCACAUCAAAUGAUGCAAGCAUCAUUCAAUUGCUCUGUAUGUCUUUCUGAACGCUUGAUGAAUUUUCCUUGGAAAUUAAUGUGCUUUUUCACUUUGAAUUUAAUGUUCCCAAUUAUUACGUUUUUUUUUUGUUUUCUUUAUUUUUGUAUUAAACAAUAUUAGCUAAUAAUUUUUAAGAUUUAUUUGUUAUUAAAAAAACAGAAAAAAAAAAUUAGCACCAGACAGAAACACACCAUAAUUUCUUUGUUAAUAAUAAAUCAAGUGAUUCACUGGAUGCAUUUUAUUAUUGGUAUAAAUAUAAAAGUGAAAUAUUUAGUGCUGAGUUGAAGGCAAUUUAAUGUAUUUUCUUUAUGUUAUGAAUUAGAUGAAAAAAAUAUAAAAGCAACAUGAAACGAUUACUUAUUUACAUUUUAAGAAUUUAAGUGAAUUUUUUUUGAGGAAGAUGAAGAAUACACACGAAGAAACAAGCUAAGGAAUAACUCAACAAUCAUUUUGAACUGAAAUUUAAACGAGAUUUAAUGCCAAAAUACAAGAAAAAUAAAGAAUAUCACGCACGAGACAACAAUAAUAAACAAUUAUCGCUUUGAUUUGUCGCCUUAAGUUCAUAGGUAUGUCUCACAUGUGCGUAUGGUAUAAAACACACACACACAAAGACACACAUUUAAUAUUUAAAUUAUAAAAAACUAAAACUAUGACAGAGAAUUAAAAUCAGAACAAUUUUUGUGUAAUUUAACAACAUUCGUAGCAUUGCGUUAAUUUAGUAGAGAGAAAACUAUACUGUAUUUAUUUUUUUAACGAAUCAAGUAACAAUUAUAUUUCCAUAUGAAAAUAAAACGAAGAAAAAAUGUGUUUACAAAUAUAUAUAUAUGAAGAAAAAAAACUCAAGCAAACUAGGAUGAGGAUAAAUAAAAGAAAGAAUUCUUUAAAAGGGAUUAAAGUAAAUCAAUGUGAACACGGAUGUAAAACAUCAAAUAAGAGUUAAGUAGAGAUUAAACACAAAGAGAGUAUAUAUAGAGAUAAUGUUUAUGACCAGAAAUAAAAAAUAACUCGCUUAUUAUUUUCUAAUGCAAAUGUGAAAGUAUGUAGUUGGUUUUUUAUAAGAAAACAAGGAAAAGCUUUGGAAUGAUUCCACUGACGAAUGAAGGAAUGGAAUUUCUAUUUUAUUUAUUUACUUAAUCUAAUUUAUAUUAAAUAUAAAUAUAUCAUUCGAAUAAGACAGUGUUCCUGACUCUUUUUUUUUUUUGCAUUAAAAACACAAUUGUUAAACACCAUGUAUAUUGGAACGGGGAAAAUGAUAGGAAAAUGGAACGAGUAAAAAAGAAAUGGCUUUUUAUGGCUAUCAAAGCCAAAUCAUAUCAAAUGGAAAAAAGCGUUAAUUAGCUAGCUGUGUUAAAGUUCUUUUUAAGAGACAUAUAAUGCAAUUAUCAUUUAAAACUGUUUUUUUUACUAAUUCAUUUUUUCUAUUGAAGAAAUCAUUGAUUAAAAUUCCAUUGUUUGUUAUUUUAUCAUGGGCCAACUCACUCAUUGCAGAAAGGAAGAAAUUAAGGUGGAUUUAAUAAAGCUAGCUAGCUUUCAGAAGUGAUAAUUUGAGGAAAUGAAGAAAUAUGGAUUUGAAUGUCACAAUUUGAUCUAUAUACUUUCUUCUUCUUCUUCUUCUUGGAUGUGAAGGACCGAAAAAGAGUUGAUUGUAAAACAACUAGAUGCUUGUUUAAAACAGUAAUAUUGUUUAUAUUUUGACUAUUGUACGUAAUAAUUAAUUAUGAUAGAAUGUAGAAAGGGAGACCAUGAAAACUGUGCAAAAUAGUAGAAACCUUUUCAUAUACAAUACUUACAUGAAUUUUAAUACUUUUUGUAGUCUUCUUUGACUGCUAUUUAUUACAUUUAUUAUUGAAUUUUUUUUGUGUCGAAAAAAUUGAUCUAAGUAGGGGAUUUUGGGAAAGAUGAAUUAUGAUCUAAAUGCUGGCUUAAAAUGGUCAUUGUUAAAAUAAAGAAUGGAAAUAUGCUUAUUUUUUUAAUAAAGAAAAAAAACACAGAAAAUAAUAAUUACAAUUAAUUUUAUAAAAGAAACCUUAUUGAAAUAAUAUUGCUAUUUUUAUUUUUUAAUAAUUCUGUUUAGCUGAUAUUAAACGAACGCAUACACAUUCUACAAUAUCCCCUAUGCAUCAUGUCAUUAGGGACAUGGAAAAGACGUACGCGUUCGAUUAAUUCUCAAAUUUUUUUUGUUAUAUUUUUAUUCUUACACAAUUGUAAUAAACGUGGUUAAACAAAAUAAAAAUAAAAACCAUUGAACAUGUAUGAACUGA